AUAUAUUUAAACAUUAUAAUAAAUUUUAUAAAUUUAUUUGGGAUAACCCUAAGUAACUAGGGCUAAGACUGAGUAUCCAUCUAUCUGGUAUAAAAAUGACUAAACAAGAUAACAAAAAAGCAGUCUUUUUGGUUGACCAACAUAACCACUAUGGAGUUUGCACAAACAGAACCAUCUGUUGUGUUAGGAAUCAUAGAGAGAGAUAUUGUAUUUAUAGAAUCCUGAGUGGGAAAACCAGGCACAUUAAUUAACAUGCCUCCUUUCUUUAAUUAGAAAUCUACUUUUCUUCUAGUUUCUUGGCUGUCAACAUGUACUGUGUUAAAAAAAAUCAAUUUAAAAGCAGACAGACUUGCUAUGACUAAUUUAAGAACUCUCAAAGCAGGCUCUUUUCCAAAAAUACACUAUAACUGACAAUACUGUAAGCUCACUCUAAAGGGAAUAUGACACAACUCCUGACCCUGAGGCUAAAUCAGAUGUUUACUGCUCAUUUGAGCACAGCAAGGUAGUCUAUAGAUCUCCACAAGUCUUAACUAGGGCUUUACAAUUAAACCUUUUUAUAAGCAAACAUUUCCAAAGGUUGUAUUUUAAACAGCCUACCUUAGUAAUUCUUAUUUUUUCCUUUUAGUUUCUACAAUGGAAGUUGUUGCAAGGAAAAAUUUAUAUUAGGGACCAAAACUGCUCAUGCAUUUUAGAUAUUCCAUGUUGAGACAAGUAUUUCUUAAAUAAAAAUACAUUUGGCUGGGUGCAGUGGCUCAGGCCUGUAAUCCUAGCACUCUGGGAGGCUGAGACAGGUGGAUUGCUUGAGCUCACGAGUUCGAGACCAAUCUGAGCAAGAACAAGAGCCAAGACCCAUAUCUACUCAAAAUAGAAAUAUUAGCCCUCCUUGUGGCCUGCACCUGUAAUCCUAGUUAUUUGGGAGGCUGAGGCAAGAGGAUCAAUUGCUUGAGCCCAAAAGUUUGAGGUUGCUGCAAGCUAUGAUGAUGCCAUGGUACUCAACCCAGAGAGACAGAGUGAGACUGUUUCCAAAACAAAACAAAACAAAACAAAAACCAUUUACAUACUUGGGUAAGAUUAAUUUUGAAAAGCUAACAUCUUUCAGUGGUGUUGCUUUUAUAGGAAUAGUCACCUCUGUGUAUUGUAAUUUUUUUUGUGUGUGGCAUUUACAGGCCAGGAAGUGUAUUAUAAUUUCUCAGCAUUAUGGAGGAAGAGAUUGGAAAUGAAAAUGAUUCUCUUCCAAAAGUCUACAAAGAGAUGAGAGAAUCACAUUUCACCAAGUGAAUUCAAUUAAUUUUUAUCAUAAUCUCAAUCGUAGGGAUGGGGGGCAAGCAAAAAUAAAUGGCAUCACCAUUCACUGGGUGUUUACAACAUGCCCGAUAAUACACUAAGCACAUUAUGUCCCUUAUUACAUUUAAUCCUCUCAGCAACGCUGCAUAUUAAUCGUCUUCAUUUUACACGAGAAAAUGAGGCUCAGAGAGGUUAAAUAACUCUGCAGGUCAUACAACUAGUUAAUGGCCAGGAAUAACCAGUAACCCAGAUACUGACCUAUCUUUGGGUCCUGUUAAAUAAAUGCGUAAUCUAUUUCCUGGAAGUUUUCUUCAGCAGUCUGAGCUUAUUAAUUAACCCACAUCCCUUCUGUUGCUGGAUUGUUCAUGCAGUUUCUUGUACCAAGUGUGAUCCCGUUCCUUAAGAAUUAUAUUUAACGAGAGCCUAUAAACUCUGCUAGGUGAUUUUUGCACCUUAUUUUCUUUUAUCAUUACAACUACUGUAAGAGACUAGGUUCUCUAACUCCACUUAAUGAUGAAAUUGUGUUUUGGAGAGGUUAACGUUGCUUAAGGUCGCUGAGAUGCACAGCCACGAACGGAUCCCAGGUCUCUGCCUCCAAUGCCAAAACAAAAUUCUCCCACGAUGCUGGUAUUUCCAUUGGUGAGCAGCCUCGGGCUAGAGAGCCACAGUACUGAUUUAUAAAGUGUUUAUAGAGUCCUGGGAUGUGGCAUUUCGAUGAGAAAGCUGUGGCGACACCAUCUUCUAGGUCCACUCAGCGAGGGGUAGGAAGAGCGGCAUAGACGCCCUCACGGUGGAGCUCAGCAACAACAUAAGUGUUCCCCCGGAAGGCUGCUCGGUGAGCGCUACCGCUUUCCUCGGACCCAGAAGAGUAUGAAGGGGCCUCAGGAACGAGGACACCCUGGGGAGUCCGAGGUCCCGACACAGGGGGCAGCUUUGGUUCUGCGGGUUCCGGACGGGUGCCUCAGGGAAUUGGAAGCAACAGUAUGGAUGGAGUGUGGCGGAGAGCUGUAAAAGGAGAACUAAGGAGGCGCCCUCGCCGCCCUCAAGCCCGAACUCGCAGCCCCUCAAAAACAGCUCAUUGCUAUGGACAGUGCUAUCACCCUGUGGCAAUUCCUCCUUCAGCUCCUGCAGGAGCCUCAGAACAAGCACAUGAUCUGCUGGACCUCUAAUAAUGGAGAGUUCAAGCUUUUGCAGGCAGAAGAGGUAGCUCGUCUCUGGGGAAUUCGCAAGAACAAGCCUAAUAUGAAUUAUGACAAACUCAGCCGAGCCCUCAGAUACUAUUAUGUGAAGAAUAUCAUCAAAAAAGUGAAUGGUCAGAAGUUUGUGUACAAGUUUGUCUCUUAUCCAGAGAUUUUGAACAUGGAUCCAAUGACAGUGGGCAGGAUUGAGGGAGACUGUGAAACUUUAAACUCCAGUGAAGUCAGCAGCAGUUCCAAAGAUGGGGAGAUUGGAGGGAAAGAGAAACCACCACAGCCUGGUGCCAAGAGCUCUAGCCGCAAUGACUACAUACACUCUGGUUUAUAUUCUUCGUUUACUCUCAACUCGUUGAACUCUUCCACUGUGAAGCUUUUCAAACCAAUAAAGAUUGAGAAUCCAGCUGAGAAACUGGCAGAGAAAAAAUCCCCUCAGGAACCAACACCAUCUGUCAUCAAAUUUGUAACAACACCUUGCAAAAAGCCAUCAGUUGAACCUCUUACUGCCACUAUUUCAACUGGUCCAAGUAUUUCCCCAUCUUCAGAAGAAACCAUCCAAGCAUUAGAGACACUGGUUUCCCCUAAACCACCUUCCCUGGAAGCCCCAGCCUCUGCAUCCAAUGCAACUGCCAAUUUUUCCACCACACCGUCUGUUUCAUCCAUACCCACUUCCUUGCAGGAGCCUGCUAGGACACCUUCACCACCGCUGAGUUCUAACCCAGACAUUGACACAGACAUAGAUUCUGUGGCUUCUCAGCCAAUGGAACUCCCAGACAACUUGCCACUGGAGCCUAAAGACCAGGAUUCAGCUUUGCCAGAAAAGGACAAAACAAGUAAUUCAUCAAGAUCCAAGAAACCCAAGGGGUUAGAACUGGCACCGACCCUUGUAAUCACAGGCAGCGAUCCAAGCCCCCUGGGAAUAUUGAGCCCGUCCCUCCCCACAGCUUCUCUUACACCAGCAUAUUUUUCACAGACGCCCAUCAUACUGACUCCUAGCCCCUUGCUCUCCAGCAUCCAUUUUUGGAGUACUCUCAGCCCUGUUGCUCCCCUUAGUCCAGCCAGACUGCAAGGUGCUAACACACUCUUCCAGUUUCCUUCUGUGUUGAACAGUCAUGGACCGUUCUCUCUGUCUGGCCUGGAUGGACCUUCCACCCCUGGCCCAUUUUCCCCAGACCUACAGAAGACAUAACCUAUGCACUUGGGAAUGAGAAAGCUGAAGAACAAAGGAACAGAGAGACAUUCAACAUAAUGGCAUUUGAAGUGAGCAAUUGAAAGUUCUACAAUGCUGAUAAUAGACCAUUGUGAUUUUUGCCAUUCCCCAUUGAAAUGCCUUUUUAGGAUUCCCUUUGUAUAGGACUCAAGUUGGACUGUGUAUAAAAAUGCCUUAAUUGGAGUGCAGACUCCACCUCCCUCUCUUUUUCUUUUCUUUUCUUCUUCCCCCCUUUUUAAUAUUUUGAGCUUUGUGCUAAAGAAAUUUUUGGUGGGGUUUAGCAGCUAUACUUUGCAAGAAUGAUUAAGAACAAAGUUUUUCUUUUUCGCUAUUAGGAACUUUUGGCUAGGAAAAAAAUUAUGCUGAGAGUCUAUUAAAAGAAAUACAAGCUAAAUGAAUUGGCAUCUUUAGGACUAAGUGUGUUCUGUUGAAUGACUUUUCAUAAAAGUGACCUGUUCAUAGGCAGUAGGAGAAGAGUAAUGAUUCGUACUUAAACUAAGAUUGGAGUAGUACUAUUGGGGAGAUCUGUUUUGCUGUGAACUGUAAUAUGUAAGUAACUCCCACAAAAAGCCAUAUUGUUUACAUUUUUUCAGAGUGGGUCCCAGCUAUACAUAUGAUCUUGUCUGAACAUGCCAACAGGGCAUGGAAUUAGUCUGUUUAAACAUAAACGAAGAGUUUUAAUCUUGAGCCAUAAGGCAGUUUUUAGAACAUCCAGUGAGAACAUGGCUCCCAAUAUAGAAAUAUUGUUGGCUCUCUGAGUGGUAUAGGAUACAGUAUGAUAAAUGAUGACUUUUAGGAGGACAACCUUGGGUUUUGAAAUUUUGAGGCCAUUUUUAUAAGUAAAAGAUUCAGUUGAAUAACUUAAAACACAUGGGACUUUUCCCAGUUAGAAGAUAAAGGAUCUUUUCUCUUUCCUCUUUACCUCAUUUUCUGCUGUGUAUUUAUCACCUUUUCUUUUAAAUUUAAGGUUGUUAGAGGUUGUGACAGUUUCAGUGAUGUAAUUAGGAAGGUGAAAUGCAAAGUGAAGUCCCUCAAUCAGUAGUGAGGUAAAGAUGUGCUUAUUUUAUCCCUUUUUUUUUUUUAAAUUAGAGAAGAACAGAGAUCAUUUGGGAAUGUUCAUACAUAGAUACUGGAUUACUUAUACAUAGGUCACUAUGAAAGUUUUGAGACAUUAUUUCAUUUCCAAGAAACACAGUUGACAGUAUCCUUUCUGUUUCACCUUUGCAAAUUUCAGCUUGCACAUCUUAUGGGUGUUGUUGGAAGGGCUUUCAUUUGUUUCCAUCUGUGUGGAUUUUACUUUUUUUUUUUUUUGAGAUAGAGUCUCACUUCUUUGCUCUCAAGUUUCAAUUUGGUUCAUCUUAUGGGUAUUGCUGGGAGGGCUUCAUUUGUUUCCAUCUGUGUGGAUUUUCUUUCUUUUUUUUUUUUGGAGACGGAGUCUCACUUUUUUUCUCUCCGUAGAGUGCUGUGGCAUCAUAGCUCACAGAACCUCAAACUCUUGGGCUCAAGCAAUCCUCACCUCAGCCUCCCAAGUAGCUGGGAUUAUAGGUGGCUGCCAUAGUGCUCAACUAUUUUAUUUUUUAAUUUUUUUGCAGUUUUUGGCUGGGGCUGGGUUUGAACCCGCCACCUCUGGCAUAUGGGGCCGGCGCCCCACUCCAUUGACCACAGGCGCCGCCCUCAACUAUUUUUAGAGAUGAGGUGUUGGCUCUUGCUCAAGCUGGUCUCAAACUCCUGAGCUCAAGCAGUCUACCCGCGUUGGCCUCCCUGAGUGCUAGGGUUAUAGGUAUGAGCCACUGCACCCAGCCAUUGAUUUUUUAUGUAUCUCAAAACUUUUGUAAUGACCCACGUAUUAGUAAAUUUACAAAAUAUCACCAUAUGUUAAUCAUUGCCAGGUCUGUAUUUAUCCAGAUAUGUUGAUUCACCAAACUGAAUUGAUAACCAUGAAUAUCACAGUGGAUUGUUUUGAAAAUUUUGGCUUUAAAUUCUAGGAUGAAAUUAUAGGCUGCCACCAUCCACCACUACCACCACCCUGCCCCACCCCAAAUUAGCCUUUUAAUCUUGUAAUUGAAUCACAUGAGCUAAAUGGAAUGAGGGAGUAAGGACUUGAGGGCUCAAAAUGACUGAUAUAAAAUAGCAUCUUCCAGAUGCAUAAUAUUUACUUUAACUUUGCUUAUAUACAGUGUAGAAAAGCUCUAGUAUGAGACAUCUAUGCUAGCUAGUUCGUUAGUUGUAGAAGGAACACAUUCAGUGAGCUACCUUUAUAUGUGUAGUGUUGGAGACCUGUUACUCGUUCAUUUGUGGUUAUCAGCUAAAAGUUCAGUUCCUGAGAUGUGCAAUAGUAGUGUUAAAAGGUAACGUUUAAUACUGAUGGGGAACAGACAUAUUUGACUUUUUUUCCCCAUAUUGAAUUUAGUUUGCAUGUCUGAUUGAAAUUGACCUCUCAGCAGCACUUUGGAAUAGUUUUAUUAGCUUAACAUUUCGUACAUUAAAAUAAGUAAAUAUUGAUGGUUGAUUUAUGUCAGUGUUUUAAAUUUUGAAAGCACAAAGGUAUUUUAUCUUUUUGAAUUAAAGGAGAAAAGCCAUUGGUUUAUUUUCACAGAUGAUGUCUUUAAUAAUUAACUGUCUUAGCACAGAGGUGCCUUGGAACCAAGGGUACCAUUAAAACUUAGUCAAAGCAAAUUCCUAGGAAACUGUUUUCAUGAGUCCUCUUUCUAUUAACCUAUAGCUGAAGCCUCUGAGAGGUGUUAGGCCUUCAGAGAAUGAUGAUGAUCAACUAAUUUGGGGAAGUAUGUGUGUAUGUGUGUCCUUUUUUAAAGUCAAAGUUUACAACCUUAGUACAAGUGUAUGAGGCAGACAGUUCUAUUUGUAGACUACCUCCUUCCUGGAAAAGUCUCAGCUUCAUAUUCUUUUGAAUAUCCACAGAACUCUUGUUGGCAUCAAAAGGUGACAUACCACUUAAGAUCUGUUCUCACUGGAGAGACUUAUGAUUGGUAGCCAUAAUUGGUAUCCAUCACCUGUCACUUUGCCAGGAUGAAUGCUGUUGGGCAAAAUAGCUGAAGUUAAAAGGAAGAGCAGGUUGAAUGGAGUUUUAAGAUAGCUAUGAUAUCUUUUGAUAGCUUUUCUUUUGCUGUGGCCCCAUCCACUUAGUUGUAUGCUAGAAAAUGAUAGCCAGGAUUUCUGAAGUGGCAUGUGGAGGAGAAACCUUAGGUUUGUAGUAUUUGCUGAUUUCUUUGCUUUAAGCCACUCCCCUUGUGAUUGAUUUCAAGCCACCAUCUUGGAUUCACAAAGAGGCAUACAAAUUGUCUCAGAGCCCGUGUCAGCAAAUCACUGUGUACUCCAUUCAAGAGUGGAUUUUCACAUAAUUUCUGAAAUAAUUUUUUCUCAGUCAUAUGCUGAUUUUUAAAAAUACAAAAUUAAAACCCUCAUAUCUGACUUCAGUAAUCCUUUAGGUCUUACUGUGUUGCCCUGGCUGGUCUCUAGCUUUUGGGUUUAAGCAGUGCUCCUGACUCAGCCUCCCAAGUAGCUAGGACUAUAGGCCCCUACAUCGAGCCUGACUUAGUAAUCUUUUUUUUUUUUUUAAAGGUUUAUCAACAGUGCUUUUGCGAUGUUGCAUUCUUCAUGUCAUGUUUUCUGUGUUUGAACAAAGGUAGAAAUUCCCACUGAAUUUUUGUGUAAAAAUUAUACACAAUUUAAAGAAUCUAGACUCUGAGAAUACUCUGGUAGGAAAUAAAGGAAUCUAGAGGCCCUCAAAAGGUCAACCUUAAGCUUCUUAGAGAUAACACAUAAGCUUGACUCCCCUCUAUACAUUUUGACAGUUAAAAUACAGGUAUAAUUUUUUUCUUUCAAAUAAUUUUUUUUUUUUUUUUUUUUUUGAGACAGAGUCUCAAGCUGUUGCCCUGGGUAAAGUGCCGUGGCAUCAUCAUAGCUCACAGCAAACUCCAACUCUUGGGCUCAAGUGAUCCUCUUGCCUCAGUUUUUUAUAUUUUUAGUAGAGACAAGGUCUCGAUUUUUGCUUAGGCUGGUCUCGAACUUGUGAGCUCAAGCAGUCCACCUGCCUCAGCCUCCCAGAGUGCUAGGAUUACAGGCGUGAGCCACUGUGCCUGGCCUUCUUUCAAAUAAUUUUGAUAGGGGAAAGUAAGCCCACAAGCCUAUACAGGGAAAAGGUCUCUGUUGGUGUAGUGCAGUGAUGUCAUCAUAGCUCACUACAAUCUCAAACUUCUGGGCUCAAGUAAUCCUCCCGUCUCAGCCUUCUGAGGAGCUAGUGCCACAGGUGUGUCUAGCUAAUUUUUCUAUUUUUAGUAGACACAGGGCCUCACUCUUGCUCAGGGUGGUCUCAAACACCAGGCCUUAAGGGAUCCUCACACUUUGCCUCUAAAAGUGUUAAAAUUAUAGGCCUGAGCCACCUCACCCCGCCUGGAAUUUUUUUUUUUUUAAACUGGAAAAUUCCUUGAAGAUUUACAUGUUAUACUAGAGAUCAAAGUAGGCAAAACUGGUAAAUAAAUCAGGGGUUUGUAAUUCUGGAGCUUUGAUAGUAUUAGUUCUGUUCCAUUUAUAUUAGGGAUUGAUUGUAUGAUAUUUAGUCUCAACCUAAUCUCAGAAUUUGUACUAUGAUUCUAACUUUCUAAAAGAUAGCUUUAUAUUUCUAGUGAAUUUAAGCACAUUUAGAGGCAUUCGCUAGUAUUUUCACAAAAGGAGUGUGGAGCCUUUUUCAACACACACCUUUGAUCAAUAAAAGGUUUGGGUUUUUUUUUUUUUUUUUUUAGACAGACUCCUUUGCUUUCUUGCUCCAAGUAAAGCACAGUGGUGCAGUGGUGUCAUCAUAGCUCAUUGCAAACUCAAACUCCUGAGCUUAAGUGAUCCUCCUGCCUCAGCCUCCCAAGGAGGUGGAACUUCAGGUGCGUGCUCUGUGCCCAGCUGAUUUUCUCUUUUUAGUAGAGAAACUAAUACAAGUUAUUUAACACAGAAACUUCCCCUAUUAUAAAUUCAUAUGUAUAUAUGUUAAAUUAUAUACCACUGUACUAAAAUAACAUAUACAUUAUAAAACAUCAUAGAAAGUAAGGAUGGCAUAUAAAAAGUAAAUGUUGACAAGCAGUUCUUUUUUUUUUGGAUACAGUCUCACUCAGUCACCCUGGGUACAGUGCCAUGGUGUCAUAGCUCGGCAAUCUCAAACUCUUGGGCUCAGGUGAUUCUCUUGUCUCAGCCUCUCGAGUAGCUGGGACUACAGGACAAGCAGUUCUAACGUUUUCUUCCUAUACCCCAAUAAAUUGUCUUGUGCACCCUCUAGAAGCAUACACUCUUCUUAAAGACCACUGACUCAGAAUACUGCUUUUCAUUCUAAUCUUGGGGAUGCAAUGUAUACUUUUCUAAUGCCAUAUGGAGAAAUCCUAGGAGCAACUUAGAAUUACUUAAGAGAGCUUGUCAUGGCUUGGCGCCUGUAGCUCAAGCAGCUAAGGUGCCAGCCACAUAUACCAGAGCUGGCGGGUUUGAAUCCAGCCCGGGCCUUCCAGAUGAUGACAACUACAACCAAAAAAUAGCCAGGCAUGUGACAGGCGCCUGUACUCCCAAGCUACUCGGGAGACUGAGGCAAGAGAAUCGCUUAAGCUCAGGAGUUGGAGGUUGCUGUGAGCUGUGAGGCCAUGGCACUCUACCCAGGACAACAGCUUGAGGCUCUGUCUCAAAAAAAAAAAAAAGAACUUGUCAUGAACUUUUGAAAUUUUACAUUCAUUCUUUUUUGUAAAUCACCAAAUAACCCAUUACCAAAUGUUUUCCAGAGCUUCAUGUAUAUUAUUUUUCACAGCUUGUUUCUUUUAUCUUCAUGUUAGGCAUGACUUUAUUUUUAUUUCACCUGUUUGCUUAUAAGCUUCUUUGGCCUUAUGUAUGUUUUACCAACACAUUCAAAAUUAUUUCAAGUUGUUCUAUGUUAAAAUAUACACCAGCUUCCAUUUUCUUGCUGCAUUAAUUUUUUGAUUUUUAAAAUUUGUGACAUUUCAGCAUCUAAAGGAAUAAUCUUCUUGAUAGGUCUGUCCUAUUUAUCACUUCAUUUGGAAAGUUAAACUAUUCGUGGGGUAGUUUGUUAUCCAAGGGUAUGUAGAAAUGGAGUCCAGGGGAAAUAUUUUCAUAAUAAUCUUAUUGGUUUGGAUCAACAAGUGUUUUGUUAUUGUUUUUAAUGCUGCUGGCCUUACCUGAAACGGGGUGCCCGGUUAUUCCUCUUAUGUCAUCAGAAUUCUGAUUACUGAAGUUGGAGUUUUAAUCUUAGAAUCUAGAAUUCUUGUGGGUGGUAUUGUGUUGAGCAAGAAAAGAAUGUGUUUUGAUCUGUACUUGGUGGAGCCUGUUACUACAGAAGUCAUAUUUUGACCUGUAACCUGAGCAGAUCUAAAAGGUGAAUUGUUGAUGGUAGUAUGAUUCAUGCAUUGUUAACAAAAUUUUAAGUGAAACCUUUAAAGAGAAAAUUCAUGAGGGAUACAUUAAACAUGAUAAAUUUCUUAAAUGCUAGACUUUUGGGUUUAAUACACAUCAGAAAGUUUUUUGAGGUUUAAAACUUUACUUUGAAAUACUUAAUUGGGAGGCUAUACCGUUUCUUUCCAAGACAUUCAUUCUGAUUUAUUGGCUGAGUACAUGUAUGUGUGUGAGUAUAUAUAGAUGCAGUGACUAAAUAUAUGUGUGUGUAAAUCUGUUUUUCAGAGGGAACAUAUUCAUUCUCUAGACUAGGAUGACUACUAGUCUAUUUUAUACUAAAACUAAAAGAAAAAGUUUUUGCUGCACUUCGCAGUUGCCACUUUUUAAAGAUUAAUGCUUUGCACAUUUCAGUCAUUCUUUAACAACUAAUCAUUUGCCAACAUUUUAGAGAUAUAGUACCUACACAUGACAUACUCUAACCAACAUCACUUCAAACUCUUCUCUCAGGUUCAUGUGUUAUUGAGCAAAUAAGGAUGUCCUUUCUUAAAAUUUCUACAUUUGCUUUUGUAUAAAAUCUUUAUUAGUUAUAUUGUUUCUCAGAAAGGAGGUUUAUACUGGAAGCAGUAUUUCUAAAAUAGAGAUUUGAUGGGAAUCAAUAAAAUAAAUAGUGGAGGAAUUCUGGCAUUGUGGCCUAACUUAUCCUUUUAAACUGUACACAGUUAGCAUUAGCAGAAGUAUCACAGUAACAUAUCUUGGGCUAAAUGGUCUUCUCAACUUGGCCUGUUUCCCAUCUCUGGUUUUUGUGCUAGCCAAGAAUUACAGAGCCAUGCUCAGACAAGCCUGCGAUCUUCUGGAUGGAGUAGGGGUGAAGGUGGGGGUGCCCUGUGGCUGAGUCCUAGCCAGUGAUGAAUCAUUCAAGUCUGCCUAAAUUUCUAGUGGGAAUGCCAUAUACUGGUGUUCAGUCACUUGGCACUUUCUUGGGCACCAUUGUUAGCACUGUUUGGUUUUUAAUAACUGGAACCACUUAGUGAUUAUUUUGUUUGUUUAAUUUCAACUUAAGGCUAUUGAGGGUCAGGGAAGUAAGGUUUAUUUCUCAUUUAUGUUUCCUGGAACUUUAAGGGGAUUUGGAGGAGGGAAAAAUGGAUCACCUACUAAGCCUUUCUUCUAGGCUCUGUAAGGUAUGCUGUUUUAGCUAGGAUGCUGAAAAUAAUUUACAAGCUUUUAAUAUUAUGCUUUAUAGAAAUUUAUGAUAUUUUAAAAAGAUUUACAAUUGAUUACACUUAAGUUUGUGAAGUAUUCAAUUUUAAGGGUUUUUUUCUGUUUAAUCAUUGUUGCUUAUGGUCUGUUAUGUAGGGGAUGGCAGUCCCUUCUAAGACAUUUCAGCUUUGGGGGGCAGUAUUACCAGUGGCCUUCGUAUGUACAUUCGUUGCUUACAUUUAUUGUUUAUGCAGUAGAGUAGCAUUUUUAUAAACUUCCCUGUUCAGUAUUAGUAAAGUCCAUUAAGAUGCAUAUAUGUAAAGAUAGAAAUGAAUAAUGAAUACAAUUAGUUUUUGAUUACUCAAGGCUUAUUUGGUUUAGCCCCAGAUCUUUUCUAAUCACAGUCAUACCUGUUUUUCACAUUUGCCUUCUAGCAGUUUCAUUUGUCUUUGCGGGUAGGGAAGAUUAAAUAUUAAAUCCAUUCCAGCCAUUUUGCCAUUAGUUAUCUUUGGUUUGAAGCAAAUGAAAUUUUUGAUUAAAAUUCUUUUCUGAGAAUUAUUCCCUUUAUUCACCAGAUAAUCAAAUUGGCUAAACAAACAAAGAGUGUAUAACUUUACAUUUUAAAAAGCAAACUAGUUAUUUUCCAUGAGCUCUAUUAAAUCUUAUUAAAAAAAAAAGACAGAUCCUCCUUAGAGACAACUAGGAACAAAUGGAAUUGAUGGGAAGGAAGUAACUGUGGGUAAAAGAUUAUUAAAUUUUAAAUUCCAUGUGCCACGCGGUUUAACUGCAGUAGCAAUGGCAGUUUAUGGACUACCAAAUAUGGACAUAUCACUUAAAAUUAAAACAUGUAAGAACUCUUGAGUUUCAUUCAACCAACCUUUUAAUUCAGAAGAAAAGCAUAGGUCUGCUAUGGGACUAUUGCAGUACAUCUCCAUCAGUGUUAACCCAGGAGAGAUGUAUUAUUUUAUGCAUAUGUCUUAGUUUGCGAUACGUGGUAGUAAGAACUUGCAGGGUGCUUUCCUCAAACCUGUCAACUCAGCUGAGAAGACAGUUUGUUGUUUUCUCCCCUAUUUAUUUUUUUGAAAUAUGCAACACAUAAUAUCCAGUAUCCACCACUUUGUAUAAAUAGAUACUUAUAUAUAAUGCAAAUGCAUACUUACCCAUAGGCAUGAAUAACUAUUAAAGUGUUAUUAAUAACUUGUCUUAAUUUCAGUGUAAUUUAUAUUAUGGAGACCUUCAUAGUAGUAAAAUCAUCUUUUUUCUUUUUCCUAAAAGAGCAAUUAAACAUUUAUUGAAAUUCACAUUAAUUGUUGAUACAGCUAGAAGGAAACUGCCACUUCAUCUAGCUGAGGAGUCAGACUUAGUUGGGAAACAAAGAGAUGUUGUUUUAAGGUUGAUUGUGAUGAUUAUAGGUGGGUCUCGGAUUCCACCUGUAUGUAGCAAAGCAACUCGAGUUUAGGUAGGUGAGGAAAAGGAGGGGCUAGUAUUUUGAGGGCUUUCUAAUAUGCUGCUUUUAAAAGAAAAAGUGUGGUUGAUACUCAGUGCAUCUCCGGACAUGGCAAGGGUUGCUCUGAAUAACCAAUCAGGUGAUCGUUUUUUCUAUCACUUUCCAGGUUUUAUGCAAAAAUUUUGUUAAAUUCAAUAAUGAUGAUAUGCAUCUUUUAAGAAAGAUGAUACAUUUUUUAAAAAAUUAUUUUAUGUAAGAACUGACAGAGGAAUUCGCUUUGUAUAAUGUAAGCUGGCUUUAAGAAAGCAGUGUAACAAAUUUACUACAAGUCUAAAAUUAUACAGAUAUGUUAAUAGAUAUGUGCAACUAGAUAUGGACAAUAAUUGUAUUUUUUUAAAUAAAUAUUUUUAACAAAAUG